GCUGACUGACCGUGGGUUUUUCUAGUUGGGAACGUGGAAAAGUUGUGGCGAAGUGUUGUGUUGAUUGCAAGAGUUCCAAGGGUAAAUGGCUGUUUCCACCAUCAAUAUGUCGCCUUAUUUCACUGGAUAUCCUUUCCAAGGACAAGGUAGAGUCAACCAAUUAGGGGGUGUCUUCAUCAACGGGAGACCCUUGCCAAAUCACAUCAGAUUGAAGAUCGUCGAGAUGGCGGCUGCAGGAAUCCGCCCUUGUGUCAUCUCAAGGCAGCUAAGAGUCUCCCAUGGAUGCGUCUCGAAAAUCUUGAACAGGUACCAAGAAACUGGUAGCAUUCGACCUGGUGUCAUCGGAGGAUCAAAGCCUAGAGUUGCAACAGCUGAAGUAGAAGCCAGGAUCGAACAACUAAAGAAGGAGAAUGCCGGAAUCUUCUCUUGGGAGAUCAGAGACCGGUUGAUAAAAGAAGGAAUUUGUGAUAAGAACUCUGCACCUUCAGUCAGCUCUAUUAGUAGACUGUUAAGGGGUGGAAGGAAGGAUGAUCCGGAAAGGAAGAACCAUUCCAUCGAUGGAAUACUCGGCCCGAACUCAUCCUGCGACGAAUCCGACACCGAAUCCGAACCUGGCAUACCAUUAAAGCGUAAACAACGCAGAUCCCGCACCACCUUCACCGGAGAACAACUGGAGGCACUGGAACGAGCAUUUGGUCGUACCCAGUAUCCGGACGUGUACACCAGAGAGGAACUUGCACAGAAAACUAAACUUACUGAAGCUAGAGUGCAAGUUUGGUUCUCAAAUCGUCGCGCCCGUCUGAGGAAACAACUCAACUCGCAACAAUUGAACGCUUUCAAUACGAUGUCGUUGCAAAGCGCCUUCCCGGUACAACAUCAAUAUUCAGAAUCUAGCUUUAAUCAAUCCAGUUGGGCCCAACAAAGUUACGCAUCUGCAGCCGCAGCUUCAGCUUUGAGCAGCACCCUUCCUUCCAGCACCGCUUUGAGUGCGACUUCCAGCACUGCCAGUACCACACCACCAGCCCAAACCGCUCUCUACAACACUUACAACAGCAGCAACAGUUUGGAACAAGGGAGCGUUUUGAGUGCUAACCAAUUCGGUUACAACAUGGCCCAAGUUUCGCCUAACCAGCACAGCGUCUCUCCGCCGCAGCAAAGCGUCUGGGGACGACACCAGAACAAUAAGAUGGCCGAUAAUCUCAGCACUUGGCACGAGAAUUACAGUUUGUUCUCUGGUGCCCAUUACGGCGCUCAUUCCCCUGGUGAGGCUAAGUCGGGCUAUCCAUAUUUUGGUGCCAUGGAAAUGUGUUCUGGAAGAGUUCAUUAGUUUUGGACGCCGUUUAAUUUAUAGAUAUGCUUUAAUUUUCAUUUAUUUCGAUAAACUCACUAAGAUACUCAGUUUUAGUUUUUGUACAUUUUGGGCUUUGACAAUUUGUGUUGUUUGUACUUAUUAUUUAUAAGUUUUUUUGUAUAUAGUUCUGUAAAGGAUAAUUGAUAAUUGUAUUGUUUAGGCUUAGGACUAGAUAUUAUUUUGCUGUU